AUGGAGACCGACGACCCCAUACGCAUCCAGAAGAGGAGCUCCUCUCAGCACUCCGACAUUUCGACUAGGAGCCGGAGAUCACAGAGUACGAGAGUACGAUCACGCAAGACGCCAUCAUACGCUUCUAGCUCGGCGUCCUCGAUAGCCGCCUCCGACAAGUCACUCACCUCAUUCCCCUCAUUGUCGCCCGAGUCGCCGUUGCCCCAGAAACCCCGAUCUUUCGAUGCGGCACUUGUCAAUGACAGGACUGCUCUCCCGACUAGACGAACGUCGAGCCAUGCACCGUCUAUGGUAGAGAGCCUGACGCAGCCCUCGCCGCCAAAUGAAGCCCGAUCAGCACUGUUUGACGACGCCCCGAUGAACACAAGCUACGUCCCUGGAGCGAUACACCUUGCCAGCGACGAGUUUCUAGAGCGUUUGAUAGCACGACAGGGAGCGGUAAAUCUUGUCCGCCAGAUCUCGUCGGACCUUGCUCAGAGGGAUGCAGAGGUUGCACGGCUACGACAGAAGGCAGAGGAGAGGGAGAGGGCGCUGAGGAAGGUCGUCCUUGAAUGUGGCCUGUCCAACUUGGACCUCGAGAGGCGCCUCCGCGCGAUCGAGGAGUCGAAAUAUGCGGAUGACGCGAGCAUAGCGACUGACUCUGGGGUUGGUGGCUUGGAGACGAUGAUAAAUGAUGCCAUGAUUAUUGACGCCGAAACCGACGACUAUGGCUUAUCUGGCGAAGCUACGAUCCGAGCAAUCGAAAAGCCGAAGCAAGCAGCGGUGCCUGGCCUAUCCAAGGAGAUGACGAGGAACUGGAAAGACUAUAUAUGGGGCGGAACAAGCAAGAAGAGCAGCCAAGCAAGUAGUAUCAGCGAGGAGUAUGAUGGCCUGGACGCACCGACAGGGCUCUCAAACCCACCUCGAAAAGCAGAUCGUCGCAGCGUACUACAAGAUGGACUGUUCCACCCACCGGAUGCAGAGUCUCCCACGCGUGCGAGCAGAGCGUCCAGCUUACACAACAUUAACUCACAAACGACCCGUAAGCCUUCGAUGUCUCUAGCAGCUAUGGCCCUCAAGCUGGUGGCUGGGGCUAGUGGAGCUGCGACACUAAGUCGGGAUAGCGAUGCAUCCUCUGCACAAGGGCAGUCCAAUGACGCUACCGGGCGACAGUCUUCCAAGUCUCAAUCAUCAACUACCACACCGAGAGUUUUUUCCCGCCAGACCGGUAGGGCCUUACAGGGUAAUCGAAGGACAACCAGUGGAACAUCUUCAAGUGGUACAGCCCGCAAUGGACUUCAAACUUCCGCGGACCAGCAAGACAAGGCGACGGACGUGACCAACUACGGACCCGUUGAGAUGGACACAAUUCUACCCUUUGAGAACCAGCCGCCUACCGUCACUCAAGUCAAUAACAAUCAAUAUAACCCAGAAUUUCUAACGGAUCGAUUUGGCUUCAUUUAUGACCAGAGACGGAAGAAGAGGCAAAAGGAUGCUACUGACACCUUAAAGAACACGAAGCACGGAAGACACGGAAGCAGGACGGAGAUGAUCAACACUGCUAGAGAUACUAUCUCGUCUCCGGAGACUAAUAUAGAGGCCAAUGCUGAAGUGGAUGAAAGGCCAGACACUCCGCUGUCGACAGAAGAGCCUGCCGAGAAUGGCAAACCGGCCAAAAAGUGGCAAGACUACCUGAAGAUAGCUACGUUCCCGACGGAACUGCUUUCACACACCCCCUCGAUGAGCCUACCCAACUUGGAAGUUAUGGAAGGCGAGGAGGUGCCAAAGCUUGUUGGGAUGAAAUCAUCUGAUGGAGGCUUUGUACCGCCAACAAAUGUCUCAGUGGCUGUACCAACGGUAUCCACGACCGUUUCGACGCUGGUGUCUACAAAGUCCGCUGUCCCAUUGGCAGAAGAGGAUAUCGAGCCUGUGAAACUGCUUCUAAAGCAGCUUGGAGAGGUUCAUGAUUCUCUGCAGCGUGAGAAAACUGUCAAAUGGAAUGAUUUCCUUCGCAAAGUACGCGCUGAGCGUAAGCGUGAGAGCGAGGCUGCCACAGCUGCUGCAGGAGACUCAAAAUCGCAACGAUCCAAGACGGUUAUGCCCGAAGUCAGCAUAGCAGACGGAGAGAUAAUCGGCGUCUCGGGGCUUGGCAAUAAAGGCAAAGCUGGGAGGGCAAAGUGGCAAGAGUUCAAGCAGCUGGCGUUAUCUGGCAUCCCAGUGUCAUACCGUGCAAAGAUUUGGGCGGAAUGCUCAGGCGCUACUACUCUACGAGUCCCAGGUUACUACGAUAAUCUCGUUACGAAUCGCGAUGGAAACGAUGAUCCUAUUAUCGUCUCACAGAUCAGCAUGGAUAUAAAUCGUACUCUGACGGACAACAUCUUCUUCAGGCGAGGUCCAGGCGUCGCGAAGCUUGAGGAAGUGCUUUUAGCCUACUCUAGAAGGAACAGGGAAGUGGGGUAUUGCCAAGGCAUGAACUUGAUUACGGCUUGUCUUCUCUUGAUUAUGCCUACAGCUGAGGACGCCUUCUGGCUACUUACCAGCAUUAUCGAGAAUAUCCUACCACAAGGAUAUUACGACCACAGCCUCCUCGCAUCACGUGCCGAUCAGCAAGUUCUGCGCCACUAUGUUGCAGAGCUCCUGCCGAAACUAUCGAAGCACCUUGACGAGCUAGGUAUCGAGCUAGAGGCGCUAACUUUCCAGUGGUUCCUGAGCGUAUUCACCGACUGCCUGUCAGCUGAGGCGCUAUUCCGCGUAUGGGACGUGGUGUUCUGUAUCAACGAUGGCAGCACGUUUCUGUUCCAGGUCGCGCUAGCUCUGCUCAAGCUCAACGAGCAGCAGCUUUUGCGCUGCCCGACGCCAGCGGGUAUAUACACGUACAUCAACCACCAGAUGACCAACCAUGCUAUCAGCAUUGACGGCUUGAUUCAUGCAUCAGAAGGGCUGCGCAGGGUGGUAAGGAGGGAGGAUGUCGAAUCUCGCCGCAACAAAGCGAUCGCGGCGGAGAAGGACCUCAUACGGCAGCGGGAAGCAAAGAAUAACCUCCGCAAGGCGGAGAGACAGGCUGCGCUUAAGAACAGUGCCGUCCAAGCGGCAGAGGUAAGAUCUGCAUCUCCAGCCAGAAGUGUAGCUACAAGGGAAGAGGUGGUUGCAGAUGAUUUUACUUUGCAGACUCCGAAGCCGUUGAACGACGAGGCGAUGAUUGAAUUGGGUUGA